GACGUGCAGAGACAUCAUUACUAGUAUUUGUCAAUAACAAGUGUUUUUUGUCAACUUGUUAAUAACAAGUUUUUUUUUGUCAGUUUGUUAAUGACAAGUUUUUUGUCAACUUGUUAAUUACAAGUUUGUAGAAAAAUAUGAAAUAUGUGGAAACUUUUACUAUAUAAACUCUCUCGUAGCGAUGAGAGUAAUUCACAACAAACAAAAUCUAAUCCAGAGUAAAGACACUAGACGCAAAAAAAAAUAUGGAAAACAAGUGUUGCGGUGACUGGAACUUCAGCGGCAGCCAUGCGGCCAGGGAAGCCUCAACUGCCCACCUAGGCUUUUACACCUCUAAAAUCUUGGCUCAGUGCGAUUUUGAGAAGACCAUUUAUCCUCCUCUAGGUGAACCCGCUUUGGCUCACGAUGUGGCUGAAAAUGCGGUUGUUCAAGCCGUCAAGAACGGCAGAGGAAACGCUUAUGCUCCUAGUAUAGGCCUUCCAGCGGCCAAACAGGCCGUAGCAGAGUACCUAAACCGUGAUCUUCCAAAGAAACUGGCACCAGAAGAUGUGUUUAUGACCGUUGGGUGCAAACAAGCCAUCGAGCUUGCGGUUGACCUCUUGGCUAAACCAAAAGCCAACGUCCUGAUUCCGAGCCCUGGCUGGCCAUGGGAAGUAGCUCGAUCCAUCUACAAGAAACUUGAGAUCCGCAAAUAUACGUUCCACCCCGAAAAGAACUUUGAGAUCGACUUUGAAAGCGUCCGAAAGCAUGCGAAUGAGAACACGUUUGCAAUAUUUAUAAUCAAUCCUCACAAUCCCAAUGGGAACACCUACUCCAGAGAUCAUCUGGAGCAGCUUGCUUACUUGGCCAAGGAACUCAAAAUAAUGGUGGUUUCUGACGAAGUUUUUCGAUGGACUGUGUUUGGGAAUAAUCCCUUUGUUCCCAUGGCGACUUUCUCGCAUAUUGUACCCGUGAUGACACUUGGGUCCAUAUCGAAGGGAUGGUGUCUCCCCGGAUGGCGAACUGGCUGGCUCGCCCUGCACGACCUAGAUGGUGUCUUUAAAUGCACCGAGGUCGUGAGUGCUGCUAAAGAAUUUCUUGGGAUAACUUCUAAACCACCAACUGUUAUCCAGGAGGCUAUUCCUACCAUCUUGGACGAGACUCCUAAAAGUUUCUUCGAUACUAGGCAAAGCUUUCUGAGACACAAAGCGGAAUUGGCUUAUUCUAGGCUUGAUGACAUACCUUCCCUUAAAUGCGAUUUUAUACCUGAAGCAUGCACCUUCCUAUGGACCAAACUGAUUUUACACAAGUUUGUAGACAUUAAAGAUGAUGUAGACUUCUGUGAAAAGCUUGCUCGUGAAGAAAACCUUGUCGUUUUGCCAGGGAUUGCUUUUGGUGAUCUGAGUGGCUGGGUGAGGCAUUCUAUCGACAUGGAUACUCUUACUUUGGACAUAGCCUUUGAUAGAUUGACGGACUUCUGUGACCGCCACUCGGAAUUGCCCAUUCCACCCCCUUCGCCACCCCCUUCUCCACCCCCCUUUACACCCCACUUUCCGCCCUACUCUCCACCCCACCAUCCACCCCACCAUCCACUCCCCCUUCCGUCCCCCUUUCCUUCCCCCUUUCCAUUUCCAUAGGUGAAGCUUAAUUCACGCAAAGACGUCAACUAAGUGGGUCAAUGUGUAUCUUGUCCUUAGUCUUUUAUCUAUGCUAAUAAAUUGGUGCUCUGCUGAUUUGAGAUAAAUUAUGAGCACUUUUAGUAUUUUGUUUUUGUGACAUAUAUAUAAAGUUUGUGUACUUAUCACCAAUCGUGUGAUCGAUCGUUUCUCUUGGUAUGAUAUUUUGAUGUAUUUCUACUUUUAAAAAUAAAGUUAAGAAAUUGAAAUUUCCUUUCA